AUGGCUGAAAUUGUUUCUGGAAUCGGAGGCCUCGUCAACACCGUCACCUCGGGCGCCGUGGGCGCCGCCACUGCUCUCACCGGCAACGCCGUCUCCAUCGGUGAACAAGUCACUUCUAGAGGAGGCCAGUUUGCUACAGACGUGACUUCUGGUGCCGUUGGUGCUUUCGGUACUGUCACUUCUGGCGCUGUGGGCGCUUUUGACACGGUCACCUCGGGCGCUGUUUCCCAGGCGGACCAGAUCACUUCGCGUGCUGGCUCUGUGGCUCUGGGUGCCGCCACUGCCGGUAAGUCUGGUUCCUCGAGCGCCUCCACCGCUCUCUCGUCGCUUAAUUCCGAGCUCAACUCCUUGACAAGCUCCUUCGUUUCGGGCGCUUCUUCUGUCGCUUCCCUGGGCUCGGCGGGUGCUUCUUCUGGCUCUUCCUCGGCGUCCUCCAGAUCGUCUUCGGGUUCCGCCUCGGGCUCUGCCUCCACUUCGGGGUCUUCCUCCAGCGGCUCUUCCUCGUCUUCUGGCGACAGUGCCGCUGCUGGCCUCGACAUUGCUGGCUCGUGGAAGAAGAGCGCUGCCGUUGCUGCUCUUGUCGGCUGUUCCUUCCUUUUGUCCUUGUAG